AUGGGAAAGCUGAAUUGGCUUGCACCUCCAAAAGAAUUUGAAGUCCGGAUUGGAGGUGCGAGACAUCAAUAUACCGGAGAAUACUUCCAUCACCAAGGUGAAGAGGCCGACACAUGCAACUUUGUGAGCCAUCUUCUCGUCGCUCUUGAGCGGAACAAGAUAAGGGCCUUUGUCGACCUCAGUUUGGAAAGAGGACUAGAGAUCGGACCGGCAAUCAAUAAAGCAAUCGAGCAGUCGAGGAGCGCCAUCGUCGUCAUCUCUCAGACUUACGCCUCCUCACCAUGGUGCCUGGAGGAGCUGGAUAAGAUCCUUGAGUGCAAGGAAAAGAAAGGCCAGCUCGUGUUCCUCAUUUUUGGGGACGUCGACCCUAGAGAGAUGCGCAACCAGUCCGGACGAUUCAAGCGGAUUGGCCAAAGUGAGAAGAGUUUUGGGCUAGAGCAUGCCGACAAGGUCCGGAGGUGGAGGGAUGCCCUCCGAAAAGCCGGCAAUCUCACCGGUUGGUCUCUCGGAAACAGACUUGAAGCUGAAUUCAUCCAAUCCGUUGUGGAGAAAAUCGCAAGAAGAUUGAACUGCUCACACCCAGACCUGCUUGCGUUCCAUCCAGUUGGGUUAGAUUCUCAAGUGCAAGCAUUGUACUCCUUACUCCAAUUAGAAGCUAAGGAGGUCCGAAUUGUGGGGAUUUCCGGCACUAGUGGAAUAGGAAGGACUACACUUGUGAGAGCUCUGUACUAUCGAAUUGCAGAUCAAUUUGAUCGAAGUUGCUUUCUUGCAAAGGUGAAGGAUAUAUCGAGCCAAGAGGGCCUCCACAAAAUGCAAGAGACACUUCUUGGUGGCCUUCUCGGCAAUGGAGAUUCUGAAUUUGGCAAUGAUCUUCAUGAAGUAAUAAAUUUGAUGAGGAGUAAGCUUCACAACAAGAGGGUUCUUUUGGUGUUUGAUAAUGUUGAAGGGUUGUUGGAGCCACUCAGCCACCUGAUCAAGUCAAUGAACUUUGGCUUGGGGAGUAGAGUCAUUUUGAUCCCUCGACACGAAGAAAACUUAAUCGGUCUAUGCAGGGAUAUCUAUGAGGUAAGAGCACUAAAUGAUGAUCAAGCUCUCGAGCUUUUUAGUCGGAAUGCAUUCCAAGAAAGCAAAAGCGUCAAAGAAUGGCAAAGAGCUUUUGAUCGAUUGAAAGAAAUCCCUCAGGGAAAGGGAACUGUCAUUGAAGGCAUUAAACUAGACAAUGUUGAUAUAGAAGACUUGAUCUCGAAUGCAAACUCGUUCAAAAAGAUGAAGAAGCUUAGGCUAUUCAUGAUAGCUGAUCUUGCCCCUCAGUGUGGACCAGCCGGACAUUUAUCAGGAAAGUUGUGGAGGCGUUUCGCACGGAACAGCAAUAAUAUGUUGGCGCGUUGCGAGACUCUGGUGAAGCAAAUUUCGGAGUUCUGGUGUCGUAGAGCCUGA